AUAUGCCUCCCCAAACAUUAAAACGACAAGCAGAAGAUGUAAGCUUUAAUAAUGAUAAUUUAAAUGAUGAUGAAUAUGAUGUUACUUGGGGAGGAAAGAGAUCAAGAUACAUUUAUACUUAUACUCUACAAUCUCCAGAUUUAUACUCUGCUAUUAGUGAUUCAGAUGAACCCGAAAGUGUAUAUAGUAUGCAGUCAAAAGCAACAAUUCAAGUUGUUGAUGAAAGUGAUACGUCAUCUAUUUCAAAUUGUUGUGGAACUGACUGUGAUUGUCAAAAUUCUAGUCAAUCGGACAAUACUGAGUUUGAGGUAGUCAGUUCAUUCUCGUCUACACACGAUUUUAAUUUUUCUGACUCAUCAGAUUCUUCUAUAUCUGAGGAUAUUAAGGUAAUCAAUUUUCCAAAUUUAUCUUCGAAGAGCUCUGAUAAUGGAUAUUUGCCAGAUGAAACGGAUAAUUCAGUUGUGAAAUCACAAUCAAAUUUACCCCCACCAGCUUGUUUUAAAACUUGUCUCCAAUGUAGAAAAGAAAAUCCUAAUCCUUAUUUUCAAUUUUGCUAUUUAUGUUUCAGAUAUCGUAUGCAGUUUUUCGAAGAUAAACCAUCACCUAAAUCAAGAGGUAUCAAACGAUUAAACACAAAUAUGGAAGGUAAAAAUGACAAUUCAUUACCAAAUUCUCAAGAGUCUGGUUCAUUUGGCUUAUCUAGUUUAAAUUUAUCUCAAAAAGAAAUUGAUGAUUUUACAAAUCAGAAAAAUGAUAAAACUGAUAGUUUAUGUAAUGUUUGUUUAAUAAGACCAAAAAAUGGUAUAUUUAACCAUGGUAAAACUGGCCAUGUUUAUAGUUGUUAUCAGUGUGCUAAACAAAUUUGGAACAAAAAUGGAAAAUGUCCUAUUUGUAAUGUUAAAGUUAGAACUGUUACCAAAAUUAUAACUGUUUAGUAAAUUCUGAUUGUGACUGUGGUUUUGUUAUAAGAAUUUAAAAAAUUUACAGGGAAAUAAAUUUUAACUCAAUUA